AUGGCAGCGGCGUUUCAACAGCAAAUUUUUGCACUAGAUGCGCGCUUCAACGCAUAUAGGGCACCAAACAAUCCUAAUUUUAAAACACUCUAUAUACGUCGUCGAAGUCAACUAUUGAGAGAAAACGCUAAGUUUAAGGAUAUAGAAACAAUAAAGAAAUACAUAAAUGUCAGAAGUCAGCUGCUCCAACGCCGAUAUGGAGUGCAGGACAACAUAUCUAUCAGCUCUGCCUCAUCACGGCCCAGGUCUAGCAGUAAGACUAGCAUGGUUGUAGAUGAAAGUCCACUGAGCAACAAUUCAAAGAGGAAGAAUGACAUGACUAUAUCAGAAAACUAUGCUUUCUCUGGAGUACAUCACAUAUUUGAUCAGCACACAGAUCAAGUAAGCGUAGUGAAGUUUGCGAACAAUGACCGUUCAAAGCUGUGCUGUGCCUCGCACGACGGUACUGUCUCUAUUUGCGACGUGACCGCUACGCCACCAAAGGUCUCCUUUGUGCUACAAGGUCACACGAAAGCUGUAACUGGUUGUGACUGGUCAGCGUCGAACGAGUUGCUGGUCACAUGCGGUCUCGACGGCGCGCUGAGCCUGUGGGAGGUGGCGGGGGGCCGGCGCCUGCGCUCGGUGCCGGACCAGCUCGCGGCGCCGCUCUUGUGCUGCGUGUUCCAGCCCGCCAACAAUAACAUGGUCAUUGCCGGCAACGCAAGAGGCAUGGUCGAAGUUCUCAACAUAUCGACUGGCAUAUAUCCUAAAGGAGGGAGCAGUAUUCUCGGCGGGAGAGUAUUAUCGAUAGCCUGUGAAUCCAGCGGUAGAAUGUUCUGGGCAGCAAACGAUAAAGGUGUGAUCAUCAGCUACCGCAUGGACAGCGCGGGCGGCGGGCUGAGCAAGCUGCGGCGCUGCUGCGUGGGCGGCGCCGUGACGUGCCUGGGCUGGAGCCCGUGGCUCGCGCGACACCCCGCGCUGCUCGUCAGCGCCGCCGACAACUCGCUCUACCUUUUCAGGAUUGCAGAUCGUGAAGGAAAUCUCUCUCUGAAGAAGCGCUUCGAUGUAUUGCACACGAGCCACAGCGUGAAGUCCACGUUCUGUCCCAUCAUGUCGUUCCGUCGCGGUGUGUGUGUGGUGUCGGGGAGCGAGGAUUCCUGCGUGUACUUCCUCGAUAUCGAGGGACAUGCGGAACAUCCCGUCGUUAAUAAACUACAAGGCCACGCUUCCCCGGUGUUGGGUGUGAGUUUCAGCUACGACGAGAGUCUGCUGGCCACCAGUGACGUGUCCGGCCUCGUUAUUAUCUGGCGACGGAGUUGA